AUGUCCCAAACCGCCACGCUCAUUCGUUCGCCCCAUACCAGCCCGCCCCGGCCUAGCCGCCGUCCUCAGACAGCCCCUGAGGCAUCCACGAGCAGGCAUUCGCCGAACCCCAGCGUAGCCCAACCAUCCACCCCCUCGCACAUCGGCUUGGCAUCCACUUCUCAGAGACCGGCCUCGGACCACCAGGCUUAUGCAAAAAGCUCGCUCUCCGAACAGAGGGGCCUGAAUGUCUACAGCUCGCUACCCCCUACGCCUUUGACGGCCUCGAGCGAAGAAUGGGAUUCGCGCAAGAUCCGGCCCUUGCCUCGCCUCCCCGACGCUCCGAGUCCGGGUCAUUCACCGAGUCAUUCGCCUCUUGCUCCUUCCCCGCGACCACUCCCCGCGACCCCGACCAUCCAUGUGUCGUCGCCGCCACCAUCCGCCACGGUCAUUCCUGCGUCGAAGCUUCCCAAGCGCACAGACUCAAGGCGACAUGGCUUGCAACUGCAGGUGUCCGUGCCGACACCCGCGGAUAUGUUACCUAGCCCCGUCAUACCCGUCCCACCUUCGCCCAACACACGUUUAAGGAGAAACGUUGACAAAGUCACGCGUUAUCUCGGGGAGGAUGUUCCUUCCGACCUCGUCUCCGGACGGAGGCCAUCCAUGCCUGCGUUGGAGGAGGAGGAUGACGAGGCGCAGAAUGGCGUCUUCUCAUCCAUCACCGUUCAUCGAACGGUGGAAGUCGCAGACGAAGAACCGACUCCUGAAGAGGAGGAGAGAUGGGGGAAGCCUGCCCUGGAUCUCGCGUCGCCUCAGGUUGGCCUUUUCGUGCUCACGGGGUCGAUGGACGCGAAACGCUACAGCAGGCAUUGGUAUCGAGAGAAGAAUGGGAAGCGAGUGGAGAAAGAUUAUAGAGAGGUCUUGGCUGGUUUGCGCAAGUUGUGAUUACUAUUGCGGACUUGUCUUUCUUCUCUACUAUAGCUACGGGUAUUCGUGGAUCGUUCUGUUGUACCUCGUAUUCAUUGCAUGCACGCAUCCUCCACUACUGUUGUACACUACAUCACGUCAAUACACACUUCAG